GCGAAGGCUCACGCACGCUUCAUAUAAAUAAUCUCUCCUCGCUCUGUUGACUGACCAUCAAGAUAUCAACAGUUCACUGCUUGCCCCUUACCCUUCAAUCAGUCCCCCAGACGGUCGCAAUGGAUCCUUUCCCGUUGGAACCCUACCGCUCCGCACGUCUACUCUAUCGCGCACCAGAGGACAACCUGACUGACGACGCAUUCUUCCACGCUCUCUAUAGUGACCCCGUAGUCGGAUCUAUGGCCUCCACCGCCCUCAUACGCCCGCUCAGCAAUAAGGAGCGAAAAGAGUUGCGAGCAAAUCUCGAAGCUGUUGUGUUCAUGUCAGUCAUGAUAUGCAUCAUCCCAGACGUGGGCUCCGAUAACGCUCCUGAGACGAUUGGUGUGAUCUCAUUGAGAAAGCAAGCCCCCGGUCUCACACAUAAUCGCACGCAUGAGUUAGCAAUUACUAUUGCUCGAGAGUACCAGGGGAGGGGAUAUGGGCCUGAGGCCAUAUCGUGGAUGCUAGACUGGUCCUUUUGA